AACAUCAGAAUUCCUCCUGGGAACAUUGACUCCUUGUGUGGUGCCUUGAAGUUUCUCUGAAAUGAACUGAUGAAUUGGAACCAUGGUGCAAAAGAAGAAGCUCUGUCCUCGGUUACUUGAUUAUCUGGUGAUCGUAGGGGCCAGGCACCCAAGCAGUGAUAGUGUGGCCCAGACUCCUGAAUUACUGCGGCGAUACCCAUUGGAGGACCAUGCCGAGUUCCCCCUGCCCCCAGACGUAGUGUUCUUCUGCCAGCCCGAGGGCUGUCUGAGUGUGCGGCAGCGGCGCAUGAGCCUGCGGGAUGACACUUCUUUUGUCUUCACCCUCACUGACAAGGACACUGGAGUCACUCGUUAUGGCAUCUGUGUUAACUUCUACCGCUCCUUCCAGAAGCGUAUCCCUAAGGAAAAGGGGGAAGGUGGGGCAGGGUCCCGUGGGAAGGAAGGACCCCGUGCCACUUGUGCCUCAGAAGAGGUUGGCACUGAGACCUCAGAGAGUGGCGUGUCCCUGCAGCGCCCCACUGCUGACGCCGCCCCCGAUGUGAAUCAGUCUCCUCGGGGCAAACCCCGGGCCAAGGCAGGGAGCCGUUCCCGCAAUAGUACUCUGACAUCCCUGUGUGUGCUCAGCCACUACCCCUUCUUCUCCACCUUCCGAGAAUGUCUGUACACCCUCAAACGUCUGGUGGACUGCUGCAGUGAGCGGCUGCUGGGCAAGAAACUGGGCAUCCCUCGAGGCAUACAAAGGGACACUAUGUGGCGUAUCUUUACCGGAUCGUUGCUAGUAGAGGAGAAGUCAAGUGCCCUUCUGCAUGACCUUCGAGAAAUUGAGGCCUGGAUCUAUCGAUUGCUGCGCUCCCCAGUGCCCGUCUCUGGGCAGAAGCGAGUAGACAUUGAGGUCCUACCCCAGGAGCUCCAACAAGCUCUGACCUUUGCUCUUCCAGACCCUUCUCGAUUCACCCUAGUGGAUUUCCCACUGCACCUUCCCUUGGAACUUCUGGGUGUGGAUGCCUGUCUUCAGGUGCUAACCUGCAUCCUGUUAGAGCACAAGGUGGUGCUACAGUCCCGAGACUACAAUGCCCUCUCCAUGUCUGUGAUGGCAUUUGUGGCAAUGAUCUACCCACUGGAGUAUAUGUUUCCUGUAAUCCCACUGCUGCCCACCUGCAUGGCAUCAGCAGAACAGCUGUUGUUGGCCCCAACUCCGUACAUCAUCGGGGUCCCUGCUAGCUUCUUCCUCUACAAACUGGACUUCCGAAUGCCUGAUGAUGCCUGGCUGGUGGAUCUGGACAGCAAUAGGGUGAUUGCCCCCACCAAUGCAGAAGUGCUCCCAACCCUGCCAGAACCGGAAUCCUUAGAGCUGAAAAAGCAUUUGAAGCAGGCCCUUGCCAGCAUGAGUCUCAACACCCAGCCCAUCCUCAAUCUGGAGAAAUUCCAUGAAGGCCAGGAGAUCCCCCUUCUCUUGGGAAGACCUUCUAAUGACCUGCAGUCCACACCUUCCACUGAAUUCAACCCACUCAUCUAUGGCAAUGAUGUGGAUUCUGUGGAUGUUGCAACCAGAGUGGCCAUGGUCCGUUUCUUCAACUCCCCCAACGUGCUGCAGGGCUUUCAGAUGCACACACGUACGCUGCGUCUCUUCCCUCGGCCUGUGGUAGCUUUUCAAGCUGGCUCCUUUCUAGCCUCACGUCCCCGGCAGACUCCUUUUGCUGAGAAGCUGGCCAGGACUCAGGCUGUAGAGUACUUUGGAGAAUGGAUCCUGAACCCCACCAACUAUGCCUUCCAGCGAAUUCACAACAACAUGUUUGAUCCGGCCCUGAUUGGUGACAAGCCAAAGUGGUACGCUCAUCAGCUGCAGCCUAUCCAUUAUCGAGUCUACGAUAGCAACUCCCAGCUGGCUGAGGCGCUGAGUGUGCCCCCAGAGCGCGACUCUGACUCAGACCCCACUGAUGACAGUGGCAGUGAUAGUAUGGAUUAUGAUGACUCAAGCUCUUCUUACUCCUCCCUUGGUGACUUUGUCAGUGAAAUGAUGAAAUGUGACAUCAAUGGUGAUACUCCUAAUGUGGAUCCGUUGACACACGCAGCCCUGGGGGAUGCCAGUGAGGUGGAGAUUGAUGAGCUGCAGAACCAGAAGGAAUCAGAGGAACCGGUCCCAGACGGCGAAAACUCUCAGGAAAACCUGCCGCUGCGCUCCAGCUCUAGCACCACCACCAGCAGUAGCCCCAGCACCGUCAUCCAUGGAGCUACUUCUGAACCUGCCGACUCAACAGGGGUGGACGAUAAGGCAGCAGGAGGUGUCUCCAAGCCCCUCCCGACCGUGCCUCCCAGCACUGGCAAAUCGAACGCAGACAGGCGCCAGACAGAAAUUGGAGAGGGGUCAGUGCGCCGGCGAACCUAUGACAAUCCGUACUUCGAGCCCCAAUAUGGCCUUCCCCCUGAGGAAGAUGAUGAUGAGCAGGGAGAAAGUUACACUCCCCGAUUCAGCCAACAUGUCAAUGGCAGUCGGGCUCAAAAGCUGCUGCGGCCCAACAGCUUGAAACUGGCAAGCGACUCAGACGCAGAGUCAGACUCUCGAGCGAGCUCACCCACCUCCACCGUCUCCAACAACAGCACCGAGGGCUUCGGGGGCAUCAUGUCUUUUGCCAGCAGCCUAUAUCGGAACCACAGUACGAGCUUCAGUCUUUCAAACCUCACACUGCCCACCAAAAGUGCCCGAGAGAAGACCACACCCUUCCCCAGUCUGAAAGGAAACAGGAGGGCCUUAGUGGACCAGAAGUCGUCUGUUAUUAAACACAGCCCAACAGUGAAAAGAGAGCCUCCAUCACCUCAGGGUCGAUCCAGCAAUUCUAGUGAGAACCAGCAGUUCCUGAAGGAGGUGGUCCACAGCGUGCUGGAUGGCCAGGGCGUUGGCUGGCUCAACAUGAAAAAGGUGCGUCGGCUACUGGAGAGCGAGCAACUGCGAGUCUUUGUCCUGAGCAAGCUGAACCGCACGGUGCAGUCAGAGGAUGAUGCCCGGCAGGAUGCCAUCCCCGACGUGGAGAUCAGUCGAAAGGUGUACAAGGGAAUGUUAGACCUGCUCAAGUGCACGGUACUCAGCCUGGAGCAGUCCUAUGCCCACGCAGGUCUGGGUGGCAUGGCCAGCAUCUUUGGGCUUCUGGAGAUUGCCCAGACCCACUACUAUAGUAAAGAACCAGACAAGCGGAAGAGAAGCCCAACAGAGAGUGUACAGACCCCAGGUGGCAAGGGUCCUGGCCUGGCCGGGCGGGGGGCCCCAAAGGCUAUGGUACAGCUGAGAGUUCCCCAGCUGGGGCCUCGGGCGCCAGGUGCUGCAGGAAGGGGUCCUAAAGAGCUCGACACCAGAAGUUUAAAGGAGGAGAACUUUGUAGCGUCUGUUGAAUUGUGGAACAAGCACCAGGAAGUGAAAAAGCAAAAAGCUUUGGAAAAACAGAGGCCUGAAGUAAUCAAACCUGUCUUUGACCUCCGUGAGACAGACGAGAAAAAAUCCCAGAUCAGCGCAGACAGUGGCGUGAGCCUGACAUCUGGUUCCCAGAGGACUGAUCCAGACUCUGUCAUUGGUGUGAGUCCAGCUGUUAUGAUCCGAAGCUCAAGUCAGGACUCUGAAGUUAGCACCGUGGUGAGUAAUAGCUCUGGAGAGACCCUUGGAGCAGACAGUGACCUGAGCAGCAACGCAGGUGAUGGGCCAGGUGGUGAGGGCAGCGCCCACUUGGCAAGCUCUCGGGGCACCUUGUCUGAUAGUGAGAUUGAGACCAACUCUGCUACCAGCACCAUCUUUGGGAAAGCCCAUAACUUGAAGCCAAGUGUCAAGGAGAAGCUGGUGGGCAGCCCAGUUCGCUCGUCUGAAGAUGUAAGCCAGCGAGUCUAUCUCUACGAGGGACUCUUAGGAAGGGACAAAGGAUCGAUGUGGGACCAGUUAGAGGAUGCGGCUAUGGAGACCUUUUCUAUAAGCAAAGAACGUUCUACUUUAUGGGACCAAAUGCAGUUCUGGGAAGAUGCGUUCUUAGAUGCUGUGAUGUUGGAGAGAGAAGGAAUGGGUAUGGACCAGGGUCCCCAGGAAAUGAUCGACAGGUACCUGUCCCUGGGAGAACAUGACCGGAAGCGCCUGGAGGAUGAUGAAGAUCGUUUGCUGGCCACGCUUUUGCAUAACCUCAUCUCCUACAUGCUACUGAUGAAGGUAAAUAAGAAUGACAUCCGGAAGAAGGUGAGGCGCCUAAUGGGAAAGUCCCAUAUUGGGCUUGUGUACAGCCAGCAAAUCAAUGAAGUGCUUGAUCAGCUGGCAAACCUGAAUGGACGUGAUCUUUGUAUCCGGUCCAGUGGCAGCCGGCACAUGAAGAAGCAGACAUUUGUGGUACAUGCAGGGACAGACACAAAUGGAGAUAUCUUCUUCAUGGAGGUGUGCGACGACUGCGUGGUGCUGCGCAGUAACCUCGGGACGGUGCAUGAGCGCUGGUGGUAUGAGAAGCUCAUCAACAUGACCUACUGCCCCAAGACCAAGGUGUUGUGCUUGUGGCGUAGAAACGGCUCUGAGACUCAGCUCAACAAGUUCUAUACCAAGAAGUGUCGGGAGCUGUACUACUGCGUGAAGGACAGCAUGGAGCGAGCCGCUGCCCGACAGCAGAGCAUCAAGCCCGGCCCUGAACUAGGUGGCGAGUUCCCCGUGCAGGACAUGAAGACUGGUGAGGGUGGCUUGCUGCAGGUCACCCUAGAAGGGAUCAAUCUCAAGUUCAUGCACAACCAGGAGCGGAAGGUUUUCAUAGAGCUGAAUCACAUUAAAAAGUGCAAUACAGUCCGAGGCGUCUUUGUCCUGGAGGAAUUUGUUCCUGAAAUUAAAGAAGUGGUGAGCCACAAGUACAAGACGCCAAUGGCCCAUGAGAUCUGCUACUCUGUGUUGUGUCUCUUCUCGUAUGUGGCUGCAGUUCGUAGCAGUGAGGAAGAUCUCAGGACCCCACCCCGGCCCGUCUCGAGCUGAUGGGAGGGGUUAAGAGCCCCCAGUUCAGGGGGUGCCCUUGCGUCUUCUGCUCACCAGGGCACGAUGCUGCGUGUGUGUUCUCUGCGAGCCCCUCACUGUGGCUUAGUUGGUUCACAGUUGUGUGUCUCCGUGUGUCUUAGUGUCUGUCACAGGGCUCAGCGGGUUUCCUCCGCCUGCUCGCUCUCCACUCCCAGACCAGCCUGCUGUCCCCUCAGGGCUCAAGAGCCAUGUGUGUCUGUCUUUGGGGCCAGUGGCUUCUGAGAACUCUGAGCACAGUAUGAGCCCACCGUUGCGUGUCCCUGAGACAUUCGUGUUGUGGUUCCUCAUCCUUGGCGUUAUGAGCUCCAGUGCAGGACUCUGGCUCUCCGUCCUCUGGGGCCCAGCGUGCCUG